GAAAGCUGUGGAGAAAUUUGCAUUCACCUGUUGUUUAUUUCAAGGUUUGUGAAUGAUUUUUUAAAUUAAUUUGUGCAUUUUUAGAAAAAAAGUUUUAUGUGUAAUGUGUUAUAAUAAUACUUUGUGUUGUGGUAUACGGAUGUGUGUGUGUGUGUGUGUGUGUGUGUGUGUGUGUGUCUGUGUGUUUGCAGCUGUUUUUUGCAGAGAAUUCUACAUCAAUCUACCAGAAAGUAUAGAAGCUGUGAGAGGACUCUGUGUUCGUAUACCCUGUAGUUUUGAUUUUAAAGAACAUUAUGAUGAAGAACUGCAAAACAAUCCUAGAGGAGUCUGGUAUAAAGGUGACAGUUUGGCAAAACACAAAGUCUUUUCUUCCAAAACUACCGAAGACAACAAGAUUGAUGGCAAAAUAAUAGGAGACCUCCACAGGAAGAACUGCACCACCAUCUUCUACAACAUCAGUGAGAGUGACAGUGGAGAAUAUUACUUUAGAAUAGUGUCUGGAAAUCUGAAAUAUAUUUAUCCUUCUUCUCUUUAUUUAAAUGUCAGAGCUUCUCCAAUCAGUCCCUCAAUAACACUGUAUAAGGAGGAUCAGGGGGAGGUGGAGGACCAAAAUGAGGUGGUGGAGGGAACUUCAGUGAGUCUCAUUUGCUUUGCUCGAUCUCCGUGUCCCUUCAACCCCCCUAUUUUUACAUGGAACUUCCUGCCUGAGGAGAGAAGACAGGAGCACAACCACAAUUACAGAUUCAGCUCCUCUCAGCUGAACUUCACCGCUACUCACCUUCAUCAUGGACUCACUUUCACCUGCACCGCCACCUACCAGCUCCAGAACUACACCAAAUCAGCACGGAGCUCUUUUAUAUUACAUGUUCUCUUUGGUCCUAGAAACACGUCAGUAUCAGCGUCUCCAUCUGCUUCAGUGCUUUUGGGCAGUUCAGUGUCUCUGAGAUGCAGCAGUGAUGCAAACCCAGCAGUGCUGAACUACACCUGGUACAGAGAGAACGGAGAGCAGAUAGGAACCGGAAACCAUCUCACCAUCAACACCACUGAUUCUACACACAGUGGUCUAUACUACUGUAGAGCUCAAAACCAGCACGGAGAUCACACCUCAUCUGUCCUCCUGGAUGUUCAGUAUGCUCCUCAGGUGUCUCCCUCCUCCAGCUGUAACAGUGCUCAGGAUUUGAUAACGUGUUCCUGUGAGGUUCAUGGGAAUCCAUCUCCUAAACUGGAGUGGCAUCUGGCUGGACAAACUGUCAUGCCCUCUGAGAGCAUGCCCAUCCGAGAGGAGUCUAUGGGUGACACAGGUUUAAAAAGCUUCAUUACCAUUCAUCAGUCAUUUAUAGACACUCCCACUCUGCAGUGUAUUGGCAUCAAUAAGUUGGGUGUCGACACACACCUGUUUAAUCCCAUCAAAUCAGAAUGCAGACAUACCGCAGUACCUUAUCUGGUUCUAUCUCUGUUUGUGGUUCUCCUUCUGUGUGUUGGUGUUAUUAUAUUUCUCAUCUACAAAUUAAGGCAAUUAUUUGGAAAAAUAAAGGUUCUUAAGAGUGGGAAUAUUUAUACUUCACUCCAGCCCUCUGCUCCAAACACUUAUGAGAUUUUGGAGCCUCACAGAGAAAGGAGACUACAAGAGAACAAAGUCUGAAAAGCUGCACAAGCUUUAUAGAUACUCGUUUAUUUGUUGGUCUGUUUAUUGUGUAAUGCUGUAAAUGAUAUUAUUUAAAUAUGUUGUGUGUAACAUCCAACCCAGACAAUUCCCUGCCAGACUGCCAGAAGGUCACAGUCAUAUUCUGUUUGUUAGCUAUGAAAAGCACAUGGACUAGAAUUUCCCUGCAAAGCCUUAAAGGUUGACUGUCACGUGUAAGUUCUGAGUUGUUGGUUCUCUAUAAUUUAUCUGUGCAUGACCCUGCCCUUUCUUGCCCUAUAUCUUCCUUUGUUUAACCCUCUGAAUUUGACCUCUGAUUAUUGACCUUGCCUGCCCUUUUGACCACAUACUUUGGAUUGUCUUUUGGAUUGUGCUUGUUGGUAUUGAACCUGGAACAUUUUGAACCAUUUGAUUGUGCACCCAUAAAUGUCUUGCAUGUGGACACAUAAAACCUGACUGAGUCACUGUUUACUGACAUUUAUAUAUGUACAGAUAUAUGUUAUAGAUGCUGUUGUGUUGUUUCAUUUUAAUGUUCAGUUUGCAAUAAAAACUCAGAUUUUUGAAAGGCUUGAUUUGGUGUGAAAGUGAAAACUAAAAUGUAAAAAUACAUGAAAAAUCAAUCAUUUUAAGAAAAUUUACUUAAAAAAAAGUAAAUAAGAAAAAUCUUAUUUACUUAUAAAAAUUUAUAUAGUUGUGCUCCUAAAUAUAC